UUGUUCCAGAAUCUCCUUGCCGGUGCACUUUUUGGUGUAUAUUUUGGAUCGGUCCUUGUCUGCAUUUUAAAUGCUAUUGGUGCGACGUGUUGCUACAUGCUUUCCCUUUUAUUUAUGCGACCCAUUGUCGAUAGAUGUUUCUCGAAGCGAUUAUUGGUCCUCAGGAGGAAGAUCAUGUUGGAACGACAACAGCUGUUCAUGUUUCUUCUCGGUGCUCGAAUUUUACCUUUUUGCCCUCAUUGGUUACUAAAUAUCUGCUCUCCGUUUAUUGGUAUUUCUAUACCACUUCAUGCGAUUACGGUGCUUAUAGGUCUGAUUCCAUAUAAUGUGCUGUGUGUACGGGCAGGACGUGUACUCGCUGAUGUACGUUCCAUACACGACGUCUUCGACUUGACGAACAAUUUAUAG